GCCGCAAUGACGUGGGAGGGGAUGUUUGGGGGGGGCACACGUUUCCUUUGUUCCACCCCAAAAGAAAACAAUUUUUGGAGAAGGCUGUUCAGACUAGUGUGGAUUCACCUGGGAUGUUAGAGGCCCCCUCCCAUCCAAGGGGCGGGCCUGGGCUAGGAUGGGGUAUUUCUCUAGGCCUACAGGGGAUCUAGCUGGACGUGCUAAUAGUCAUAUCGAGGUGCUAGGGUGCGAGAGUACCCGUCAAAAACACCAGCUUGAGGUGUCUUUAUAUUUUUAUUGAUUUCCUGUUCCUUCUUGGCUACAAUCCUACAGCCCCACUCCCCCCACCAACUUUAUCCUAUACCCUUCACCCCUAGACCCCUCUUUGGCAAGCCUAGAAACAGAAUGCCAGUGACUGGCCCUAGUUUUCAGGUCUGGCCAGGAGACAAAACUGAAUCUCAACACAGCGAGUGCUCUCCUGGACAGUUACUUUCACUUUUCUGCCCCCUGGUUCUUCCUCUUUCUGGUGCUCGAACAGAAGCACAAGAAGGGCCAUCGGUGGCAAUCCUCAGCCUCUUGCAGGCCAAAUUCUAUGUGGAUGUGGCUCCUCGCUGCAGGAGAGCUCUCUGAUUAUCUAAUAAUAGCCAGUGAAGCCAAGAAUAGAAUUUUGCUCAAGGGCUCUUCAAUGCUGAGGCCUACCUAGGUGGUCACUGGAUUCUAUGGAUCAAGGCUUGGCAACCUCCCCAGACACCACCACUCCCCGGGGGUGGGGGGGACUCAGAAGCAUUCCCUCCGAGCUUACUUUCUGGGUACCCUCAGCUCUGCCCCUUCAGAGGUUUUGGUAAGCUCUACCGUCUGUAUUUCAGGCCAGGUUCCCAGAACACAUGGGGAAAAUAAACCCUUUCUCUUCUUGUCUGACAGUUGUGAUCCCUACAGAAUUUGACCUUGGUUUGGAAAAGGCAACCUUGUUGGGCUGACUGUUGUGUUCUGAAACCAGGCUUGGUGGAAUUAGAUAUUUAUUAUAUACUGUCUCAGAUAUACAGAUUCAGAGGCAGGGGGAAAUAUAUAGAGACUCAUAUUUCCUCGUGGUUAAAUGUUUACUACCAUGGCUAUAUUCGAUAAACACCGUUUUAUGUGCAUGCGAAAUUUUGUUAGCCUUCUCUGGCUGAGAGCGGGCCAGGGAAGCAAUGGGCUCAAGGAGAAGGCCCUCUGUGCAUCUCUGCGGAAAUGUGUGUGCUGAAAUUGGAGUAUGUGGCUUCCAAAAAUCCAAAGAAGCCACAGGCUUUGGCUCAUUGCUUUUGCCUGAGACAUACUACACCCUUCUGCUGUCUCUCCUCACCUCCCUGUGAAGUCUGCCAACUCACAGGCUCACUUCCAAAGCGAACCCAGUCGUCUUGAAAAACGAAGUCUGUGGGUUCUUUCAUGGUUGUUGUGAGUCUGAAAGGAGUUCUGAAUAACCAGGACUGGAGCCCUGGAGGCUGGAAGCCUCCAUGUGGAUGGCAAAGGGAUUGUAGUGGCUAAGAUGAUUUCUGAGCAGGGGUCUAGGUGGCUGCGGGCCAAGGUGCUUAAAGAGGCUCCUAGAGAAGGCAAACCAGGAGAGGCAUGGAUACUGCCUGUGAAUAGCUCUCCUUCCUUUUGCUUCCCUGGCUAUUAUUUCACUCUAGAUUUGCCUGUCUGUAAGGGCUUAUUAGAAGUUCUGGAAAGUCCUAUGAAUACCCAGAUCUGGAAAUGAAGGGGGGGGUGCAUUUUAAUCUUGUCCGUGACCUGAACCAAUGCGAGGUCCACUAAGAGAAGGCUGGUGGAGGCCUCUCUAGAAUGCAAGUUGGGCCCGUGGGCCUGGAGCCCUGAGUAUGGGCCUCGGCUGGGAAUUAAUUGGCCUCCUUAUGCAGCUUUUCUGGGGCCACAAAAAGACAGAGCUGACAGGAAAUAAAAUGUCAAUGGAAAGGCCCAUAAAUGAAAGAGUAGACAAGAGCAGUACUGGAUGAGGUUUUGUGCUACUCUCAAGACACUCGGGUUCCUGCCCAGACUUGUGGCUCCAGGGGUUCACAGCCUUUCUUCCCAGUUUCAUCCUCAGAGACAGAGGGUGUGACAGAGUAACUCAGGCCUUUCUGCUCUAGCCACACCGACUUUGGGGUGACAUUAUCCCAGGAUCUUGUCCCUCAAGCAGCCCACGGCCUCUGCCACAGCGCUGUCAGACGCCCCUGUUUAUUGUGUCUGUGUGUUGUUUACUUGUUUUGUCUGCUGCCACCCUGCGUCAGAAACUCAACCAGCAAAUUCGCUCGCUCUCGCUCUCGGGGAGAACAAAGUGCAGGGCUCGUUCAAACUCCUUCCCCUUUUCUGCACCCCUACCUCCUGCUUUCUCAUUUUCCCUUUCUGAGGGGAGGAAGCAGAAAUUGUCCUAAAAUAGGGCCGCCGAUGUUUAUGGGACAAGGGAAUUAUGAAGACACCAUAAACCUCCGGGUGUCCUAGUGUUGAAGAGACUUCCAAGCCUCCCUUCUCUUUUCUACAGCUUUUCUUCCUUUGCCUUGGUAACCAGUUGGGUAAGAGGGCCACAGACCCUGAGAACAUUUCAGCACCUCUUCUUUCUCCUCCUGGUUCCUCCAUUCCCUUCUUCCUGGCUUCUCUCAGACAUAGGUGGUUGGGUUUUCUGUCAGGGUAAUGUUGGUGGAUUCAUAAAACUGGAUAAAACAUACCACCUUCUCUCCCUUUAUCUUUUCAGCCUCCCCCCCCCCACCAAAAAGCACUGAAUUUAAGCAAAUCCUACAAAAUUAAAUUACCCAUUCUGUAAGGGUCCUAUAAAUCCCCAAUCCUGCCAGGUAUAGAGUCAGAGAGGUCAAUGUUUGCCUUUAAUUUUGCUCCCGGCUAUCAAAUCUAAAAUAGUAUCAUUGCAGCUAAGUAAUAUUCUUGUUUCUGAAAUUAAUUCUCCUCUCCUCCAGCCCCCUCUUUCACGAGUAUGAAUUAAAUGGUUCUUUCAGAGCUACUGACAAUAAAGGAUAAAGUUAUUUAUAAAGAAUUGAUGAUGACGUUUCAUUGUUGGUUUAUUGUUCCAGACCAUAAUAACAUUUUAUUUCAAAGUGGGAGAAGUUAGCCCAGGAGAAGAUGGGAGGGUGGAGUUAGAGGGGGGCCUGGCAUUCAUAUAUACAACUCUCGUUAACACUUUUAUGGUGUUCACAGUUAUCAUAUGACAACUUACUGUGAUGUCAUAAAUGCCAACCAAGGUCUCCAAUUUUAAAUUUUCGCUAACCUCCAGAAUGGUCCCAAGUCUAUGUUCAGAAGCAGAGGAGAAACCAGAAAGCUGGGGGCUCCUUUGGACUAGCACAGAAGGGCAUAUUUACCACCCACCCACCUUACCAUCCUUCCUAACGUGAUGGUCUCCUGAGGUCCUGUUUUGGCAAUGCAAAGUACCCUGAAUAUUCUGGGCCUUGAUUUUUACUUCCAGACCAACUUGGGCCACCUGCUUUGCCCUCUCAAAGGGCAAGUCCCAAGACAGCCAAACUCUCCAUUCUCAGUGGGGAUGAGAUGCUCUCCACAAGCCCCCUCCUCAGCUGAUAUUUCUGCUGCUUUGGCAUCAAGGUGGAAGGGAAGCUGGAGGGCCUGGUCUGCAAAAGAUAGAAAUUAAUUUUUUUCCCAGGUGAAGUCUGAAGGGGUUUUAGGGCAAAGUUUGAUGGAACCCUAUUGUACUUUUGAACUUUUAGGCAGAGUCGGAGAAGCCAGACAUGCAAAGAUGGGGGUUUGUGUCUGCUGAGGAUGGUAGUAGCAAUAACCAAAGCGCCAGUUAGGAAAGGUCAGGCAGAGAUUCACAAAACCAGAGGGAGGAGAGAGAGUCAUCAGAGCCGCUCUGCAUACCUUUCUUCAAUGCUGGAGUACAAAAGUCACAAUAAUUCCACUACAUACCCUCUUCUUAGCUCAAAAGAAGGAGUCACAGCACAGGCCUGAGAGGUAUUUGGGCCAAAUCUCAGCACAGCAGCUGAACAUGCCCCAUCUGGUCCUUUCCUCCUUCCUUGCAGACCCCCAACUCCCUCCAACUGGUCAGUUUCAGCCUUGUCACCAAAUACCAGCACCCAUAAAUGGAUCUGUCAGAUUUCACUCCCCCCACCCCAGUGUGUUUAAGCUUGACUUUUGAAAGGAGUGUUCCUCUUUGGAAUGCACUUUAUGUAUUGAGGAAAAUGAAAGGAAAUCUUUCCCUAGCACAUCGCAGAAAAUCUGGGAGCCCCUUGGGUAAGCUGUGCUUUGGCAUUCCCAAGCAGACCAGACCUCGUGUUCAUGUUCUUUGGCCGGUGCCACUCACCGCUCUUUUUGCCAUGCUUUCCCUUAGAGGUCCACGGAGAUCAAAGGGGUUUGUUCACAAAACUCCAGGCAUUUGAAAUAGGGGUUUUUGUGAGUUUUUUUUUUCAAAGCGUUUUUUAAAAUGUAGUCAUAAGUCAGUGGAGCUAGCUGAACUCUCUAGAACAGCAAAGCCUUAACCAAAUAGUGCGAUUGUGAGGUGAACUGAGUAAUUAUUGAACUCAGCUUUCUCUGUAAAAGGGAUUUCAGCCCUCACCCAGUGGCACAAAAGGAGCCGACGGCAUAACCGUUCCGUAUCUCUGGAAAUCAAGAACUGGAGAUGGUGGAGGGGCAGGGUCCCGCAGCUGCGUGGCUUUUUAGGCAGGCGAGGGAGCUUAGAGUCCAGCCGCUCCGGCUCCAGCAUUGGAGUGAGCGCACAGCCUAGGGAGGCGCCGAGCUGUAGUUGGCGUUGCCGGCCAGGAAUGGAAUACGUGCAUCUGUGCGGUCCUCAGCUACAAACAUCUUCGUAGAGGUGGAGGAGUCUAGGGAGAGAGGAGACUUGCGGAACACAGAAAAGGACCUUCCGCGAGUAAUAUUUUUUCAGAUUUCACCAGGCUCACUCCAGACGUCUGUACACACAAAUUUACUUUAUUUGUCAGAGCAGAAAAGAAAGCAGAGGCAGGCAAGGUGAAGCCUAUUCAUGGCCACCCUAAAAGCUGAAGUCCACUCUCCCCUCAUCAUUUUCCCAGUUCAGAACCUCCCCAGCCUUCCCCUAGCUUAGAUCUGGCAGGACUGAAAUCUGGGGAAACCCCUAAGUAAGUGCCCAAGCUCGGGUGCAGCCCUUAGCCUCCAGGCCAGUGACUACACCCACUCAGGCCCAAAAAGCAGGCAGUAAAUUCCUCUCCUAUAAUUAGUGCUCCUGGAAGGCAUGUGUUUUGGAUUGGGGUGGGGGGGGGCUAAAGCGGCCAGUGGCAACUUUCCCGCUUUAUUCUUUUUCUGGGUUUUUAUAUUCUGUUUAUGAAUCCAAGAAUUACAGCUCCCAAAGUGAAAAUCUGCUCUUGACACCUCUAAAUGCCUAAUUCAGAAGGCCUAAGGCCCAGGGCUUUGCAUAGACCGGCAGGCCUAAUGGGGGUGUGGGGGGUGGCUUCGCUGAUUUCUCGAAGCUUGUUUUGGUGGAAACAAAGGGCUGAAGCCUCCCUCCUUCCCAAGACUUGUGCAUAUUUACAGAGCUGCACUGCAGUUUUAAUAAAACAUCUGUUCCUGCUUCUGCUGAUGAGCUUCCAUAAUUGUUUUCAGACAAAUUUAACAGGAAAAUAUAAAUAUAUUUAGAAAAAUUCAAGUCCCAGCCCCUCCCCCACAGACAGCCAAUCUUUUGCCAAGGGAAGAAGGAGCACAAAAUGGGAAAAGGAAAAAAAAAUAUUACCCCAAGGAGGGCAGAUCCAACUCAUCUGACCCACUCUCCCCCUUGGAGCGAAUCCUCUCAGUAAAUUUCAACUUCAUAAUUAAAGGUCUAACUAGAGGGAAUAGACCUUCUCCCUUUAGGAAUAGAAAGGGGUGCAGGAGAGUAUGGUGAAAGUUAACUUUCCCUAAAGUCCUUAGAUGGAGGGAAGAUAUUUGUGUUUCUGUUCCCCCUGGUCUCCCCCUUCCAGCAUUUCUGCCUUUUUCCCCCAGCAGCUGGUUUCUGUUCAUUAUAAAUCGGCGAGACCUUUCAGGAUCUGCCCUCUGUUUAGGAACGUAAUAAAACACUUAACUUUUCCGGGCCCUGAGACUUACAUUCUGCUCCUCAGGUCGCCCACCCCUGAGCACACCACCUUUAGGCCCCAAAAGGGAAUCUCCCCAACUUUGGCGGCCCUUUAAUCUCUGGAGGGAGGGGCUCCAGGAAACUCGGGCAUCUUUGCUAGGGAGCUGUAGCACAUGAUUCCCCCCAAAGUCCCCUCAUCACUCCCUCCCCUACACAUCCAUAAAAGAAAAAAAAAUUAAAUAUACAAAAAUCCACACCCAUGGAAAGCAAAACUUCAUUAAGACACCCUAUCUUCCAUCAUUCAAUUUGUUUUACAUUGCAACAAUUUAAUAUCUUGAAGUAAGUACCACUGACAUGAUUUAUCCCUCUAGCAAUCUCACUCUGAAAUAGGAGGGGAAUUUACUCUUUCUUGCCGUGGCUUUUGCUACCCUCAGGGCAGACAGGAGGCUGGGAACUUUGAAAGAGGUUUCUGGUGUCCAGGGGUGCACUUGCCUGUUCCCUAGCUCAGCCCAGGAUACCCCACCUCAGUUUUCUCUCCUCCUACCUCUUGCCCUGUAGGGGGACUGGAGCCCCAGCCAGCUGUUGGAAACCUCUGUCCAGGCAUGCCAUGAAUUCAAGUACAGCUGGAUUGGAAAGCAAAAAGCAAUACACUACUGUUGUGUUUAGGGGUAACUGCUACGUUGCCCCCAGAUGAGAUAACUUCAAAACAAUCUCUUAUUGAAAGCUUCCUCCUCUACCCUCUUCACCUUGGAAAGAAAAUAGUAUAGUCAAAGGGUACGAACUUCAAUAAUUACAGAGAUCUUCCUUCCGCUCUUCUAAAUUCCAAUCAAUUCCCCUCCUUUUCAAAGGCAGGGGCUGGAUUUUUAAAAGCCAACACAAGUUGUCUGGCAGUAAGACUCCUCAACCCCCUAAAGGGGUUCAUGUAUUAACUAACAUUUUGUCUGCACCAGCUCCUACACACUGUCUGCUUUGGGGUUCGAAACUUUAUCCCCCCACCCCACCCCCUAGUGACACUCCAGGGAGACCUUAACGUUACAGAAGAUGAAUAAACGAGUUUUUUUCCCAGCACAGUCCCGUUUAUGGCUUUAUUGCUACCCAUUGAUUACUCUGCUUUGUUACACAGAAGGGAGAGAUCAUAAAACCCGGCGACAUCCGGGUUCUUGUUAUAGUCAGUCUCAAAAAAAAAAAAAUUAGUGAGGGGAAAAUAUGAGCUUUCACUGCUUCCUGUGUAUACCUCACCAUCCUCUCUUUGUCAGCUCCAAGCAUUUCCAGCCUGUGUCGAUAUCAAAUUCUGUUUGGAUUAAUCAGAGGGAAACCCCAGCUGCACACCUUCUGCUGUUUCGGUUCACUCACUGCAGCUCUCUGUCGCUGAAACAUCUACAGAACUGCUAUUUCCUAAUCUCCUCCUCCCUUUUCUCAGCCCCAAGGUGGGGGAGAAAAUGGAGGUAAGGACUGAGAAUCCAGAGGUGACUGGGUGAGGCAAGAGACCAAGUGUUCCCCAGGAACCCCUUUCCUAGGGUCUUACAGCUCAGGUCCAGGGGCACCUCCUUUGGCAGGGCAGUGAAUCCAGAGCAGAUAGGGUCUUCUGACCUGAGCUGGAGCUAUCUGUUCAUUGGAGUACCACCAAAUUUCCUCUUUCGGGUUGCAUCCUAUGUGAAUUACACCACUGGCCUGGCCUGAGCUGGUUCCAAAUCAUAAAUUCUCACCAACACAAACAGGAGUUGAUGUCUUUAGAAAGAAUCCCAGUCUCUCUCUCUCUCUCUCUCUCUCUCUCUCUCUCUCUCUCUCUCUCUCUCUCUCUCUCACAUAAUGCUUUCUUUGAAGCAAAAAUGUUGCAAGAGUUUCCCCAAAAGGUAGGACCUGGGGAGGAGCAGAAGGCUAGGAGGCAAAAGAGAGAUGCUGCACACUUCAGGCUCCUCCCUGUACCCUGUAGUCUCACUCAUACCCUUUAGAUCUAUUUGCCUCCUAUAUAUUCUCUAACCCAAGACUCUUAGCUACACUGCCUUCCUCUGUUUCUGGAAAAUUCUUUUUCCUUUUGAUUUUUAAAAAUUGUUGGAAAAAUAUGCUGUCUAGUGAUGGGGACUUGCUUCGCGAGUGUCAAGCCAGAAUAUCUUCUAGAAUUUCUGGGAACCUCUUUCUACUGGGAAGGAUCUCCUCAAAUGAAGCAACCAGGAUUUAAUUUUAGAAAAGGGUCAGAUACAAAGAUGAAAUAGGUCUGAAAACAAGGAUUUCUCUGCCCUGCGGUUGGCCACAGCACAGCAAAGUUAGCUGGGGUGGAGAGGUUUUCUGGGACUAGACCUUUCCUUAAGCUGGGAACAAGGCCCUGCUUAUAGACCUGCAUCCCACCCCCAACCAGUUAAUAUAUGUAUAAUAUAUAUAAUAUAUAUUAUAUAUAGUAAAAGAAAUCCAAGUCUUACUUUCAAAGCACAUACUUAGUCUCAACUAGGGAAUCAACAGAAGCAGAAGCGAUUUUUUUCCCCUUUCUUGACAUCUGGCUUGCGAUUGGCUGGAAGGGGGUCAGCUGACUUUGUCAUUUUGUCUGUCCUGGAUUGGAGCCGUCCCUAUAACCAUCUAGUUCCGAGUACAAACUGGAGACAGAAAUAAAUAUUAAAGAAAUCAUAGCCCGACCAGGUAAAGGCAAAGGGAUGAAUUCCUACUUCACUAACCCUUCCUUAUCCUGCCACCUCGCCGGGGGCCAGGACGUCCUCCCCAACGUCGCCCUCAAUUCCACCGCCUAUGAUCCAGUGAGGCAUUUCUCGACCUAUGGAGCAGCCGUAGCUCAGAACCGGAUCUACUCGACUCCCUUUUAUUCGCCACAGGAGAAUGUCGUGUUCAGUUCCAGCCGGGGGCCGUAUGACUAUGGAUCUAAUUCCUUUUACCAGGAGAAAGACAUGCUCUCAAACUGCAGACAAAACACCUUAGGACAUAACACACAGACCUCAAUCGCUCAGGAUUUUAGUUCUGAGCAGGGCAGGACUGCGCCCCAGGACCAGAAAGCCAGUAUCCAGAUUUACCCCUGGAUGCAGCGAAUGAAUUCGCACAGUGUGUGUUUUGUGCCCGGAUCUCUAGGGGUCGGUUACGGAGCGGACCGGAGGCGCGGCCGCCAGAUCUACUCUCGGUACCAGACCCUGGAACUGGAGAAAGAAUUUCACUUCAACCGCUACCUAACUCGGCGCCGGCGCAUCGAGAUCGCCAAUGCUCUGUGCCUGACCGAGCGACAGAUCAAAAUCUGGUUCCAGAACCGCCGGAUGAAGUGGAAAAAAGAAUCUAAUCUCACGUCCACGCUCUCAGGGGGUGGCGGAGGGGCAACUGCCGACAGCCUGGGAGGAAAAGAGGAAAAGCGAGAAGAGACAGAAGAAGAGAAACAGAAAGAGUGACCAGGACUGCCCUUGCACCCCUAUCUCCUCCCUUGCUCAUCCCAGCUCCCCGAAUCACACACUCUGUAUUUAUCUCUGGCACAAUUGAUGUGUUGUGACUUCCUAAAACAAAACAGGGAGUCAAACGUGGACCUGAAAGUCAGCUCUGGACCCCAUCCCUCACUGCACAACUCUUCACUCGCCUCUUCCUCUAGCUCCCUCGCUAGUUCCUUCCUGGCUUGUCUGCAGGCCCCUUUCCCUUGCCUAGGCCUAGGGGACCUGAACCUCGCUUCAGAUUCCACAGAUGUCCCUCCAAGUGAGCCCUAGCCUCCCUCCCCACCUCCCGACGCCCUUCACCCCCGCCCUCCCGCGCGGAGAGCUGGCUCCGGGGCCUGGGGCCUCCACUCCGGGGCCUCAGGGCCCGGCCUGACAGCCGGAGGGCCGGAGGCCUCAGGAGGGCGCGCCUUGGCUCCGCAACAACCCCCAGGGCCUCUCCCCAGUCCCUGACCGGCCCCUCUGCCCCAGCACAUGCCCAGAACAGGCAAAUUGUAUUUAAAGAUUCCUGGGGGUCAUUAUGACAUAUUUCGAACUGUGACCGUUUCUGUGUGAAUAUUUCUAGCUGUAUUUGUGGUCUCUGUAUUUAUAUUUAUGUUUAGCACCGUCAGUGUUCCGAUCUCAUUUUAAAAAAAAGGAUUUUAAAAAAAGAGGGAAAAUAACAAAAAAGCGAAAAAAGUGAAUGACGUUUGUUUAGCCAGUAGGAGAAAAUAAAUAAAAAAAUAAACCCCUACGUGUUAUCCUCCUGUAUAAAUCCGACCUCUGGAUCCGUUCUCGAAUAUUUAAUAAAACUGAUAUUAUUUUUAAAAGUUUAUAA